AAUAACGAAAUGUCGCGAAUCUGUUCCAAACGCUUUGUGGGACCGACAGCCCGUCUGACAUUUCCUAGCAUCUGAGAGUUCUGCAUUAUCGAUUGUGUUUGUGAAUACAUUCAUACCGAAUAGUCACACUUGACCCGUGACAAUCAGAGCUAACACCCCAUUCGUUUCGACAAAUACAAAGAAGAAGCGAGGCUGGGGAGGUCUUGGUACACUGGCAGGGAUAAUAGCAUACACGCAUAUCACGCACACAAUAAAGAGCCCUCGCGCAGCCGCACUGCCGCCCUACCCCACCCUUACUCACUUGUCGUCGAAAGCCGGCUAAAUUCUUGUACACCCCCUCAACCUAAAGCAACAACCCGCUUCGAAAAGCGGACUUUGCGUGUAAAAAUAACGUUAAAAAUAACCUUAAUUCAGCUAAUGUCAAUAUUGCUUACGGCUUUCACUGUUGCUUAGUGUUUUUUCUAAUUACCGAGUUAUAUAAGUUAGUUUUAAGGAGUGCGGAAAUGAAACUUGAUUUCGCUCGCGGAAGGAAAAUGGCGGCCCACUAGGCGUCGUAUUUCGGAUUUGAACCGGGCUUUUUUAAAUAUGGUAGUGAGAACUUUGGCGUAGCGCUCGUGGAAGGACACUGGAAAAUCGAUAGCGUAGGCUAUGUCGGUUUAGUUGGGGUGGUAGGUAGGUUCUACGCUGUCACUGAGAGACUGCUGCCGAUGUCAGAAGAAGAAGAAGACUAGACUAGCCAGCAUCGAAGCCAUGACGACGGAGACGGCGACGCCUACCCAGGCGGACGCCAGUACCGCUUUCCUGAGGGCCGCCCGCGCCGGCCAGAUCGAAAAGAUCAUCAGCCUCCUCGAGCAGGGGGUUGACAUCAACGUUAGCAAUGCUAACGGACUGAACGCCAUCCAUUUAGCGUCCAAAGACGGCCACCUUGAAGUUGUUCGCGAGUUGCUCCAACGCGGAGCAGCAAUCGAUGCUGCGACGAAGAAGGGCAACACCGCACUGCACAUUGCUUCUCUCGCUGGGCAGGAGGCGGUCGUCAAGCUGCUUGUGCAGAACGAGGCUCAGGUCAACAUCCAGUCUCAAAAUGGGUUCACGCCGCUCUACAUGGCGGCGCAGGAGAACCAUGAUGGCGUUGUCAAGUUUCUCCUCGCUAACGGAGCCAAUCAGAGCCUGGCUACUGAGGACGGUUUCACGCCCCUCGCAGUGGCGAUGCAACAAGGCCAUGAGAAGGUGGUAGCCGUUCUCCUCGAGGCUGAUACCAGGGGCAGGGUCAGGCUGCCCGCUCUCCACAUCGCUGCCAAAAAGGAUGACGUCAAGGCAGCCAACUUACUGCUUGAGAACGAACACAACCCGGACGUAACUUCGAAGUCCGGCUUCACUCCGCUUCACAUAGCAGCGCACUACGGCAACGAAGCGGUAGCCCGACUACUUCUAGCCAAGGGUGCUGAUGUCAACUGUCCGGCCAAACACAACAUCUGCCCGCUUCAUGUUGCUGCUAAAUGGGGCAAAGAAAACAUGGUAUCGCUGCUCUGCGACAAUGGCGCGAACGUUGAAGCCCGCACUCGCGACGGUCUCACGCCACUCCAUUGCGCGGCGCGUUCCGGACAUGAUCGGGUCGCUGAAGCGUUGCUGGAUCGCGGGGCUCCCAUUACUAGCAAGAGCAAGAACGGCCUCGCCCCCCUCCACAUGGCCGCACAGGGUGACCACGCAGAAGCGGCACGGGUGCUUCUCGCGCGCAGAGCCCCCGUAGAUGAUGUGACCGUGGAUUACCUUACUGCGCUGCAUGUGGCCGCGCACUGUGGCCACGCUAAAGUCGCUAAGCUUUUGUUAGACCGGAAUGCUGACGCCAACGCUCGUGCUCUAAACGGCUUCACUCCUCUCCACAUAGCUUGUAAGAAGAACAGGAUCAAGGUGGUUGAAUUACUUCUGAAAUAUGGAGCAAGCAUCCAAGCGACCACAGAGUCAGGGCUGACACCUCUCCACGUGGCAGCUUUCAUGGGCUGCAUGAAUAUCGUCAUCUAUCUUCUGCAGCACGAGGCCAACCCUGACGUACCCACCGUUCGAGGAGAAACGCCGCUGCAUCUUGCUGCUAGAGCUAAUCAGACGGACAUCAUCCGCAUCCUCCUCCGCAACGGCGCAGCGGUGGAAGCCAAGGCCCGCGAGCGGCAGACUCCCCUGCACAUAGCCUCACGCCUCGGAAACGUCGACAUUGCAGUAUUACUGCUGCAGCACGGCGCAGAUGUGCGUGCUCAUACUGCUGACCACUACAACGCGCUGCACAUAGCCGCUAAACAGCAUAAUCAUGAUGUAGCGGCAGCUCUAAUAGAACACAACGCUCCCCUAACGGCCACUACCAAGAAAGGUUUCACUGCUUUGCACCUCGCUGCCAAAUAUGGAAACCUGAAGGUGGCGAACUUACUCCUCGCACAUGGAGCGUCACCGGACUCUCCUGGCAAGAACGGCAUGACGCCACUGCACAUUGCUGCACAGUAUGACCAGCAGGCCGUCGCUACCACACUGCUUGAAAAAGGCGCAGACGCCAAGGCUGUGGCAAAGAACGGGCACACCCCUCUGCACAUAGCAGCCCGCAAAAACCAGAUGGAGACAGCAGCAACUCUGUUGGAGUAUGGGGCGCUCACGAACGCAGAAUCUAAGGCUGGAUUCACACCGUUGCAUCUAGCCGCUCAGCAGGGUCACGCGGAGAUGUGCUCAUUGCUAGUGGAGCAUGAAGCCGGCGUAGACCACCAGGCCAAGAACGGCCUCGCUGGCCUCCAUCUCGCUGCUCAAGAAGACCGGGUUCCGGUAGCCCAGCUGCUGGUGAAGAAUGGAGCUGAGGUGGACAUUUGCACUAAAGGCGGCUACACACCGCUGCACAUUGCCAGCCAUUACGGUCAGGCCAACAUGGUGCGGUUCUUGCUCGAAAGUGGAGCGUCUGUCAAGGCACAGACAACGCACGGAUACACGGCACUUCAUCACGCAGCACAGCAGGGGCACAUCAACAUCGUCAAUAUACUACUGGAGCAUAAAGCUGAUGCUAAUGCCACUACAACGAACGGUCAAACUCCUCUGGACAUCGCAUCCAAGCUUGGCUACGUGACAGUGAUGGAGACGUUGAAGGAAGUCUCGGAACCGUCCAUAGCACCAGCUUCUCAGGAGAAAUACAAGGUGGUGGCGCCGGAGACCAUGCUGGAGACGUUCAUGUCGGACUCCGAGGAGGAAGGAGGCGAGGAUACGAUCCUCAACGACCAGCCGUACCGAUACCUAACUGCAGAUGACAUGAAAAGUCUUGGAGAUGAUUCUCUUCCCAUCGACGUGACCAGAGACGAGAGGACAGAGUCCGCAUUGAGCCAUAAGAACAUUAUGGAGGUGUCCACAGGCUCAGUGAACGGGGUGCCGUACCAGCCCCAGCAGGAGGUCGUGGUGAAGAGCAUCAGCCGCUACAGCACAGCGGCGGCGCCGGAGGGGUACUGUUACAACGUGGAUCCUACGCUCCCCAAGAAGAGGCUGCAAUGGAAAAACUUCUUGGUGUCAUUCCUAGUGGAUGCUCGAGGAGGGGCCAUGCGCGGUUGUCGCGGAGGCGGUGUUCGGGUCAUUGUCCCACCGUUAUCUGCUCAACAGCCUACUAGGAUCACUUGCAGAUAUCUGAAACCAUCUCGCAUCAACCACAUGCCACCUCUAAUGGAAGGGGAGGCUCUUGCGUCCAGGGUCUUGGAGAUGGGACCAGUUUCUGCUAAAUUCUUAGGGCCUGUGAUACUGGAAGUGCCUCACUACGCGUCUCUACGAGGCAAGGAGCGCGAAAUCGUGAUCUUACGAUCUGAUAACGGCACCAGCUGGAGGGAGCACAAUACUGACGCCACUGAUGACGUGGUUCAGGAUAUCCUGCACGAGACGCUUGAGAUUGAAGACACCAACGAAGACGACAAGGGCUGGGAUGCGCCUCGUGUGACCAGGAUUCUCACACACGACUUCCCACAAUACUUCGCUGUCAUCUCUCGCAUCCGUCAGGAGGUGCACGCUAUUGGGCCUGAAGGUGGCAUGGUUUCCAGUUCCGUCGUUCCUCAAGUUCAAGCUGUCUUCCCACAAGGAGCCCUCACCAAGAAGAUCAAAGUCGGCCUCCAGGCUCAAAUAAUAGACUCUGAGCUGACGGCCAAGCUCUUAGGCCGCGGGGUGGCAGUGUCCCCAGUAGUGACUGUAGAGCCAAGAAGGAGGAAGUUCCACAAAGCCAUCACUCUGAGCAUGCCGGCCCCACGGCCGCACACCCAGGGCAUGACCAACCAGUAUAGCACAUCGUCAGCACCAACUCUAAGGCUGCUGUGCUCCAUAUCAGGCGGGACGAACAGGGCGCACUGGGAAGACGUCACGGAGAACACUCCGCUCACAUUCGUGAAUGAUUGUGUUUCGUUCACUACGACGGUCUCGGCGCGGUAUUGGCUGAUCGAUUGUAGACACGUCGAGGAUGCGACGAAAAUGGCAACAGAGUUAUACAGAGAAGCGAUCCACGUGCCCUUCAUGGCGCGAUUCGUGGUGUACGCGAAACGGACGGACGACUGCCAGGCGCAGCUGCGGAUGUUCUGCGUCACCGACGAUAAAGAGGAUAAAGCGCUGGAGAGGAUUGAGAGGUUCAUACAAGUCGCCAAGAGUCGAGAUGUUGAGGUUCACGAAGGCAAACCCAUCUACCUCGAAUUCGGCGGCAACCUAGUCCCAAUAGCCAAGUCCGGGGAACAGCUGACGCUGCCGUUCCGGGCGUUCCGGGAGAACAGGGUCGCGUUCCCCGUGAUGAUCAAGACUCAGGACCUGGAACCGAUGUGCAGGUGCCAGUUCAUGAGGGACCCGAAGGUGCCGAAGGGCGAGCCUUCGCCUACUCCUAUCGCAGUCCUCAACAUUAUGGUGCCUGAUGAGCUGCCGGUGGAGAGGAUGUCACCAGCACCGACAGACACUGUGCCAAGAAGGACAGAGGAGCAGGAACUCAUCUGGAGACAGCGGCUCAGCGAUCCUGGCUUCGAAGACAUCUGCAAUCUCCUCGGCAAGGACUGGGUAGCCCUGGCCUACGAGCUAGGCGUGAACGUAGCCACUGUCAACCAGAUCCAGGCCAAGAGAAUCACCACUUCGGAACAAGCGCAGCUCAUGAUGAAGCUGUGGAAGACGCAGUCGGGGACUAAGGCUCAAGAUAAUUCGUUAGAACUGGCGCUAUGUCGGAUAGGAAGGGAUGAUAUAAUAGCACCGCAAUCAGAAGAAACGAAUGAAAGACGCAUACAACGUAACAUUUACCAAGAAAGACAAGCAUCAGAAGAAAUUGAAGCUUACAAAGCCGAAGAAGACAAUAAAAUCAAAGACAGACGCUUCGAUAGUGACAUACCAGAGCGAUUGCGCAGAGAAUCUGAUCAAGACCAAGAUGAAGCAAAAUAUUCUCCUGAAGAAAAAUGUGUUGUUGACAAGAGUGAGAUGGAAAGGACGCCUACACCUCCUACACCAAGUGAGGAGAGUGAAGAAGAUGAAGAUGUUAAGCGCAGUGUAGCUGAAAGGAAGGAGCAAAUAACGAGGAAACUUAGCCAAAGCAAAAUUCCUGCCUCCAAGCAGAAAAAAGAAAUUAGGGAGGAAAUUAUUGAAAUUAGGACACAAAUCAAACCUGAUAUUAAGAAAUUCCAUGAUAUUGAACAACAAGUUAAAGACAAGGAUCCCAAAUUAGAAAGAACACGGUCAAAAACAUCGCCAGAUACAGUCGAAGAAGAACAAGAAAUUGAAGUUCAUAGAGAAGAAAUAGUAGAAGCUGUGAAAGAAGAAACAAAACCUGUAGAGCGACCUGUAGAGCAAUUUAGGAAAUUUGACCCGUCGUCACCUGCUAAGCCCACGCCUAAGCAUCUACAGAGGCAUAUGAGAAAUGAAUCAAUGCGAUUCCCGUCCGGUGAUUUCUCGAAUGUUACUAUCAUUCCUAGAAAAUCUGUUACAGCGGAGACUUCUGAAGUAAAAUCUGUAGUAACUAAAUCCGAAAGUACUAAAGACACGAUUUCGCAAAAAGAAAUAGAUAGCUCACGAGUUGAAGAGAAACUGGAUGAUGGCGAACGAUCACCAGACUUAGUAGACGACAAAGACAUUGCCGAGUUACCUUUGAAGGAUAAAAUCAGUUCAUUCGAAUCUAAAAUGUCAAAAGAUUCUUCGAUAGAAUUGCCUAAAACAACUGUUAAACUAACAAAAGAAGCAUUAAAAAAACACACGCUUGAACAAGAGCAAGGUAUUGAAUAUACCCAAGAAUUUGUUAGAGAACAAUCAAAGCAAAUAUCGAGUAUGGAAAUUCAAGAACAUGUUUCACAUAAAGUUUCUCAUGUUGAAACUCAUGUAAAGUCUGUAAAAGAUACAAUCCAGCAGUUUGAUUCAAAAAUCAAAGUUGAUAAAACCGAACCGAAGAUAAAACCGAUGCCAAAAACAAUGCGAACUGAUUCGACGUUAGUUCAGGUCUCAUCUGAAGAAGACAGUGAAUUUUUAAAGAAAUCAACAGAUUCUGAGACAGAAACGGAAUCCCAGACUACUGUAAAAGUAGAAAAAGAUGGAAGUAAGUCCAGAAUCCCUAGAUUUGUAGGAGAUGUUUUUGAAUCAAAAGAUAAGGGAGAUAAACACAAAAAGCCAAUAGACACGGAUAAGCAAAACGGAACUGCUUCUAUUGCAGUCAAGGAAAAGAAAUUAGAAAAACAAAUGACAAAUGAACUGCGAACGAAAGUUAGUGAAGAAGAAAUAACUGAAACACUAGAAGAGAAAGACGUAUCUGUUGGCGAUAAGUUAAAAGAAACGGUGUCUGCUCAAAUGAGUGUUACAAGUACAAAAUCAGAUACAACUAAACACACCAAAACUGAUUCAAUAGGGUCAGAUCUCCAAGAUCUGACAGGCCGAAAAGUAUCGCAAGAAUCACCUGUACCGUCAGCUAUAGAUAAGGCAGAUUCGUUUGCGGAUUUGCAGCAAAGCACCGAAAAGGAUGUUAGUUUUAUAUCUCAAACUGAAUCUAAGGUCUACUCCAAAGAUUCCAAACAUCGAAGUGACUCUCUAGAUGAAGCAUCUCAAUUUUCUGAUUUAGAUGAUCAAUUAGGGGCUAGUCCUGCCCAUAGACCGGUUUUGGAAAAGACCGUAGAAGAAACAAUUGUUACUUCUUCUGGAGUUAGUGGUAAUGAAACCACAUCCAAAGCUCAAACCCUAGAAUUUUUACUGUUCGAAAGCGAAUACAGUGCUCAAAUACACUCCUCAGCUUUGACAGCGGGAGAACAGGAAAAGGUAUCACCAAAAGAGUCACCAGUUAUAAGUGCGAAGGCACGUCAAUUUAUUGAGACUGUCCCAGAAGAUGAUUCGGUUCAAGAAUGCUUUUUUUCGAAACGCAUCUACUCCGAUUCUCUAGAGGACUCGGAACACACUGAUUCAAGACGCCAUUCUGAAGCAGAUUCCCUUAAAUCGGACCAAUCAGAUAUGAAAGCUAAAAUAUCGUCAUCUGAUUUUGAUGAAAGAGCAGAAUUUGAAGAAACUAUUGAUUCAGGAAGUGGCUUCGGUGAUGAAAAAUUCGAAGAAAGCGUCGCUGGUUUUACUUCAUUGAGGUUUGAACCUAAGCGGACUGACUCGGAUAAGUCAGAAUCAGACAAAGAAGGAGAACCCAUGUUUAAGAAAAUGACACCUAAGCGUCAUUCUAGAACUGAAUCUGUAUCGAUUAGUAAACUCAGUGAUUUAGAAAUUGACAAACCUAAACAAGAAAAGCAGGAGUUUCAAGUAAUUGUGACGGAAGCUGAAGAGGUGGCCAAGUCAUUUGAAAAAGACGAACCAUCUGACAAGAUUUCUUCUGAGAGUAGUGGGGAAAUCGAAAUAUCAGAUCGUAAGUCCUCAGAAGGUGUAUCUGAUAAGAUAAGUUCAGAAGAUGCCGUGACAGAAAAGAAAUCUUCGUCUGAAGAAUUCGCAAAGGACGACCAUGCAAUUUCGCAAGAAAAGGUUAUUACAGCUGUAAAACCUUCGACAAAGGAGAUCGAAACAGUACAGACAAAGACUCAAGUUUUCAAAGAAGAGGUUCUAGGAAAAGUUGACGUAGUGAAACGACAGUCAGUGACAUCGGCUGGAUCUGGUUCUAUAGGUGAACUACGCUUAGAAGAAAAACGCCUCUCCGAUGCACAUAGUCUGACUGAAUCGCGAGACUACACGUUCGAAGAAUCAGAGGAUGACAUUGGUACUCAGGGUACUCAUGUCGCAGAAGUAUGUAAAACGAUUGAACAUAAAUAUGAUGUUGAUACAAAGUCAAAACCAGUAUCAGGUAAACCAGAGCAAUCAAGACUUUUUAAACUACAACACGGUGAUUCGCUUGAUGACGUUGAGGGUUUCCCUGAAGAUCAUGUAACAGAACAUGUCCACAAAUUACCUCACAUAGCUGAAAUUGGAUAUUCACAAGAUAUAGAUAUUGCAAAAGAUUUUCUAAGCAAAGAGAGAGAAGAGCAAAUAAAGCGGGAAAGUACACAGGUUUCAUCUAAAACUUCAGAAACUGUAAGCUUCAAAGAUGGAGUGGGAGAACCACUUAAAGCAACGGGGAGCAAAAUACCUGUUAGCAUUACGAAACAGACUGAAAAAUCGGAAACUGUAAGUUUCAAAGACGGACCAGCAGAGGAAAUCAAAGUUUCUGGAAGUAAAAUUCCAGUUAGUAUUAUGAAACAGGCUGAAUCAUCUUACAGUGAAACAAAAACAGAGAAACCUACAGUAGCUCUAAAGACGACUACAACUAAGAUAACUGAACGAGCGUCAUCUGACAAAAAAGAAAUACAAAUAAAGAAACAAACUGCUAUAGUCGAAAGUAAAUUUGAUGUAUCGAAGAUACGGACUGAUACUCUUGGUCAUUUUGAUAUUGCAGAUGAUUUUAAAGAAACAAAAGAUGCUAAGAAAUUUGUACCUAAAGACUUAGAUUUAGAAGAAACACGUGAAAUCACAAAAGAGCAAGUAAAACCAGUAAUAGAUGACAUAUUGCAGAAAGGUACGAUUGCGGCAGCUUCAAGAAGUCCAGUGAAGGAGAAAGACAUCAAAUCUAUUACCAAAGAUUUAGUUGAAACUGAAAAGAGAUCUUACGAUGUUAAAGCUCCCCAUAAAGAAGAGCGACGACAUUCGUGUAUUAGCCCUGCGAUUUCCCUGGAAAGGAUUGCAGAAUCCGAAGUAGAAGCGGAAGAAGAGACUAAAAAAGUUACCAGCGUAGUUUCAGAAAGCAAAAUAAUUGAAGAUACAAAAUCAACUAUUAAAAAAUCUGAUUCAGCUAUGAAAAAAAUGGCUGAAAACAUCGAAAUUAUUAUCAAACAAGCGUCAGAAGAUGUUGAUCUGUCUUCUGAAGAGCCACUGGAAACUGGUGAAACUCAAGACAUUGCAGGCCAAGUAUCUGUUGAUUCCAUUAUAGAAGAAGCAGUCACUACUGUAGAAGAGUAUUUAGAUUUAUCCAAAGAUAAGGUAAAGGAAAAAGAAAAUGAAUUGAAGGAAGCUACAGGUGAAGAAACAAAGAAAGUUAUAAAAGAAAGGCCUGGUUUAAUGAAAUCUUUGUCAAGAGACAGUGGUGAAGUUAUGAUUAUGCCAAAGAAAAAACAUGCUAGGACGUUUUCAGUGCAAAGCUCUCCAGAUGAGGUCGAAGAGCAAAUUUAUACAGAUUCUGAAUCAGAUAUGGAUAAAGCCAAAGUUUUAGAAAUCAUUGAACCUUUAUCUGAUGUUGAUGGAAAAGCACCUGCUUCUAGUUUCGACCCCAGGAAAAUUAGGACGGAUUCUCUUGAUGAUGCCGAUGAUUUCCCAGAAAAAGAGAUGGAAGACUUCGGAGACGAAGUAAAAUACGGUGAAGAUAUUCCAACAUUUCAUGACAAAUUGGAUACCAGAGACGCCACAGCAUCUAGUUACAGUGCAUCCCAACAAGAAGAAGAUGGAAAGUUUUCUGAAAAUAUUUCAAAACGGACGCAUUUCGUUGACAGCGUUAUGAAGUCAGAUUUAGUAUCGAAGUCAACGACGGAAUCGUCAGUUACCACGGUCGUGUUAUCUUUAACAAAGUCAUCUGACGAGGAGCAGAAAUCAGUACUAGAAGAUGCAACGUCGGCUGAUUUGUCAAAAAUAAGUGGAGCCGAUUUGGUCAAAGAUCCCUCAAAAACUUCAAUGGAAACUAAGGAUUACGAAGAUGAAAAAGACAUAGAAAAACUACUAGAAGAUCAUGGCACUCCCGAAUUAUCAAAGAAAUCUAUUGAUUUGACAAAAGAUUAUUCGAAAUCGUCAAUAGAUAGUAAAGAUACAUCUAGAGAUUUUGCCACAAAUGAGUUGUCAAAAGAUUCAACCAUAGAUUUGACUAAAGAUUUUUCAAAAGCAUCAGUAGAAAGUGUUAAAGAUACAUCUAGGUCUAUCGACGAAAAAACAUUUUCUGAGGAUCAUUCGUCAUUAGAUGUUUCAAAAACUCUAGCUUCUGAUGGAUCAGAUGCGAUAACUAUUAGCAGAGAAUUUAUUGAAGAAGAAAAAUCUGCGUCAAAAAUAACAAGCUCCUCUCAAGAAACUUCAAUUUUAACUGAAAGCAAAUUUUUCAGCGAGCACGAUGACAAAUCUAAGGCUUUAGAAAAAAGUGAACCCGAAAGAGAUUUCUUAGGUGAAAUGGAGCAGAAAAUUGAAGAACUAAAAUCUGAAGUAGUAAAAGAAAAAGAGGCGCAGAGUGAAAAGCCUAAGGUAGUUAGUGGGGCACUGGAUACGGAGGAUGACGUAACAGAUGAUGUUCCUGACAUGAAGGAACUCAAUAGGCGUUGUUCAACUCUUCUAGAAGAUAUAUCGGGCGCUCAUGGUGCAACCAUUAGAAUUGACUCAAGCCACGUGACGCACGAUUUAGCAUCAAAGUUUUCAAAAACACCACCACCAUCUCCCGUUGACCUGAGUGUAAGGGAUAAAGCUAAAACUGAAGAUGGUACUGGCGACAAGCCUACCGGGCUACAACUUAGAGGUUCCGACUCUUCGUUCCUGGACGCCAGCCGGCAGUCUCCGCGAGCUUCGUCAGCUGGUGACAGCAUGAUCAGCGAGACUGAGGCUCAUCAAAGUGAUGUACUUUCGGGGGCGUCCACGGCACAAAGCACAGCCGCCAGGCCGAAAUCUCCAACUAGACAUUUAGCAGAUAACCUGUCAUUCGUUAACGUCGACCAACCGACAAUUACAAGUGGUGCUAUUGAACUGGUUGAUCGCACAAUCAAAACUAGCAUGGAUGUUAUUGACCAAAUUAAGAAGGAAAAACUUGCUGCACAAAUGGAAGAACUGCAAAAAACGUCGUCAUCAGACACUUUCUUCAGUGAAUCUCGAGUCGAAACGUCGACAUCAUCUUCAUCUGUGCACAAGACUCUCGGAGGAACAGACAUGGUGUUCCAAAGCAUUGAUCCUCAUACUGUCAUGUCAGAUAUGGUUGCUAAAUUUGGAACCACAGGCGAUUACAGCACAAUUCUAACACACAAGGAAACCGAGACACGAAAAAUCAGUGGACAAGAAUACUUCUCUGAAACUAAACAAGUAUCGUCAUCCGAUGACGAUUCUUUAAUUAUCAAGACCGAAACGACUCAUGAGCUGCGCGGGCAGGAACAUGAAGUAAAAGAAAAGACCGUUGUGCGUCGCGACGGAGAUCAGACUGAAACGUGUCAGAAAAAGGUAGAAAAAGCUCAUGAAGCUACCGCAAAAAGAUCUGACGUUGAAACCAAAACCGUAUGUAAGAGUACAGACGACGCUGAAGUUAUAAAAGUACAAAGAGAAUUUUUAGAACAAGGGCUGUAUACAGGUCGUCAGACUAAAUCUGAAGAAAAAAUGACUGCCAUUAAGGACGACACGAUUAAGAAAAAACAUGAAGUUAAAAUUUCCGAAAGAGAUAUGUCGCAUGAGCAAUGGGGAAAAGAAUAUUUUACAGAACCAGGAGAGCUGGAGGAUAUUGACGAAGAUGAUGACUCUAAAUCGAAAACGGCUUUUGUGGAUUCUAAUCUCAAGAUUGUUGAAAAAGAUGAAGUUGUUUCUAGUGUAGAGGUUUCCGAAAAAGGAAAAGUUAUUAGUUCUACAGUAGAACAUCACAAAGAAGAAUCUGUAAUUGAAAGCAAAGAGCAUGAUGAUCUUAGCUCAGAUGCUUCCCAUGCCACAAGUUUUAAAAGUGAAAUGGCUGAUAGACGUGGAUCAUCUGAAACUAGUCCUAAAAGUAAAUCAAAGUCUUUCAAGAAGGAUAAUGAAGUUUACGAAGUGGAUUUCAUAAAGGAGAUAAAAGUUUCGACUUCGCCAGUUAAAAGUACAUUUAGUCGAACUGGCAGUCAAGAUAGUCAUUCUGAAUAUGAAGCAGCUCCGGAUCUUCCUCAUGAUGAAAAAACCGGAGACACUCCUAAAAAGGAAAAGCUUACCAAAUCGCCCAUUAAAGUAUCGCAACAGCACAUUCAAGAUCAAGUGUGGGAAGUAUCAUUACAAAAAGCUGAUUCUUUUGAGUUGGCUGAGCCUUUACCUAGAUCACCGAAAUUGAAAACAUCUAUUACUGGUACAUCAAGCACAAUUACAAAAAGUUCAGAUAGUGAUACUAUACUUGAACUGAAAACUGUAGUAGAGACAAGAACAGAAAUUACGAAACCAAGCAAAACUGACAUGUCGCCGAGUACUUUUGAAACAUCCGAUGAAAUUAGUACAACUUCUAAAGAUAUUAUGAUUAAAUCCGGCGAGAGUAUAGAUACAGAGUACAUGAUCAAAUCUCUUGAGUCUCACGAGGGAGAGGUACUACAAAAAUCUAUCGACUCGACAAUGAGCGUAGAAACGUUACACCCGUCUGAAUUUUCUACUGAUGCCGCUUAUACGGAUGCUGAUUCAGCUUACUUGACUGGAACAGGUACCGAUCAAAGAAGAGAUGAAUUAAAACUGGUUAAAGAAAAGAGUCUAGAAGACAUUUGCAGUAGCGGAUACGAUACUGAUCUCUCUUCUGCCGAGUUUCAAGCCAUGAAACUUGAAUCAGAACGGGUGGACCUAGAUUCUCUGAUCUCAGCUCAACCACUUACCGACUUGUCAGUUUUAGAAAAAACUAUCGAUGAAGUCAAACAAUCCCUCGAAGCUGCUCAGGGAGAGAUCAUUAGCGAGAAAAGUGAUGGUAGUAGCAAAUAUAAGCAGUCACCGUCAGAAUUCCAAUUCAAAAUGCUUAUUAGUCCUGAUAGGCCCGAAGUAAUUACAGAAGAGCCACACCAUGGGGAUGAUCAUGAAAAACUUCCGUUUUCCAUAGAAAAACCUACUGUUGAUAGUCAAAAAUCAGACAGCACCUCCCAAGCGCAUAGUUCGCAAGAUGAAACAACUAUCUCCGAUGAAGAUAGAGACACUGUCCAUCAAAUGAAAGAAUCAAGUCCUCCUUUAGAGGGCGAUAUUUCAAUCAGGUCUGAUAGUGGCCCGCAUUCUAUCUUGGAAACUGAAAGUGAAGUGAUACUUUCGGACAGAGAAGUUUCAUCUAAAGGUAGUCCAGAAGUAAAACUAAGAGUACAAAAGCACAUCAAAUCUAAUUUAGGUGUUGGUGAUCGACGGUCAGCCUCUGAAGUUGAAGGAUGGUCAAGUUCUGGGUCGAGCCACUAUCACAGUUUUGAGCAUUCCGAAAGUAGACCUUUAUCUUCGGAUGUUGAAGUCAUGAUGACUGCCCAAAGUGGAACUGAUUUUGAUACAGCACUCACUAGUCACGACGUUUCAUCGCAAUCCCUGCGAACCUCCAAAGAUUAUUUCACUGCCGGUAGUUCACUAGCGUCAAGGGACAGCAUGAAGAGUCUGGACUCAGAUGGAUCCAGUCAUGUUGCCAGUAUUGAUAUAUCUGAUGCAUCAGAAACUCUCGUUCCAUCAGCAAACGAGUUAAAAGAAGAAUUAAUGGAAAGUAGCACAUAUGUUGAGCACUUUUUACACGAAGCUGAAAAAGAAUCUAAGAAAGAUUUAAGUGAUGAAGAAUCAGGUGAUGAGUAUAAAAAAGUUGGAGAUGGUGAACCAGUUGGUAAGAUGAAAAGAUCUCACGAGAUGCGAUUUCCACCAAAAGACAUGGUCCCUGAGCAUUUCCCACUAGAAAAUGCAGCAGAGAGUAUUGAAAUAGAAGAGGACUCCUCCAAAGAAAAAGAAGGUUCAGACACAACAAUUUCUAGUCAGUUAAAGACCGAUGAAAUCCUGUCGUCCUCUAUUUCAAAGCUCGAUAUGCCUUCUUCCCAAUCCGAACCUGAAAUGGAAAAAGAAGAAAUAAUAGAACAAGUUAAAAAGGUAACCACUCAUGAUACAAAAGCCUUGCCAUUCUCUGUUACCAAAGUAGAUAAAACUCAAAGACAGUUCGUGGACGUUGAGAGUGAAAUAAUUCCUGUAGGUACUGUCGAAUAUCAUGAAAUAGUAGAACAUGGUCAUGUCAUAUCAGAAAUUCGGAAAUCACCUCAAGAUAGCUCUAUUAUAAAAAAGACAGUAAUUCAUGCUGAAGAAAGUAAACCUCUAGAAUCGGUAGGGCCAACUGAAGUUAAAGAAGAAUGUAUUAUGAAAGUAGUUAAAGAGGUUAGCGUCGUGCCCUUUCCGAUAACAGAAAUACCCUCUAGUCAACGGGUAUUUUCUGAUGUUGAUAGUGAAAUUAUACCUGUGGGAAGUUCACAGUAUGAAGAAAUCUUAAAAUCAAAGAGUGAUUCAUCAGUACCAAAAACUAAAGCUGAAAAAUCUGUGGUUAAAACACCUGACUCACAGCUGGACAGCAAACAAAGCUCCACAUCUAGCCUCAAAACCCAUGAGCAUAUAUCUACCCCACAUACCCCCCUUUCAGCACCAAGUCAAAGCUCGUUGUCUACCGAUAACGGACGAGAAUACGUAUUAGAUGACAUGUACGAUAUCUCUGAAACACCGGAAUUAAGAUCAGACCUUGUGACAGUAAGUAGUAGAUCUGAAUUAGUAGUGACAACGGAAGAACAAGCACUACACACAUUUGAAAAGGAGCAAGAUUCACCAACGAGUGAUGAAUUUGAAAUGGUUGACAAACCAAGUGAAAUGGAUGAUUUUGUUGUAAUCGAAGAAGUUGCUAAGGAAGCUCAUGAAAGUGAUACAGAAGGUAAAAGUUUACAAAUUAAAGCUACAAAAUAUGUAAAGCGACACGAUACUGAAGUAGAAGAGUUCCUGUCGAAAGCCUCAAAGAAGCAAGAAAGCACAAGCAGCACCUCAGGAUCUUUAUCCGAUGAGGAAUUAUUACAAUAUGAAUUAGAGCAAAAGAAAUUGCAAGCUUUAGAACUAGCAGAAAUUGAAGCUGGUAAGCGAUGGGUACAAAUGCAGUUUGAAGGAGAUCCAAGGUAUGAUUACGAAAGACUUCCCCUAGAAGAUAUUAAGGAAGAAGAAAUGACUGAUUUUGAUGCUAGUAGAAUUGGUAGUUUAAGUUCGCAAAAGGAAUCUAUAGGGAGUUUUGGUAGUUUUAGGAAUUCUUACGGCAGUCUCUCUGAAUCCGAAAUGGCGUCACGAAUGCGAUUUAGGAUAAAGGGAGAAAAUGAUGAUAUCUCAAUUAGCUCACUGCAAGAGUUUGAAAAUCUCGAAAAGGCUUUAAUGGAACAGUAUCAACAGCAUUCGUCAUCAUCUCAGGAUUCCCUAAAUGGGUCACUUCCCCGACGGUACGUUUUAAGUACAAGUCAAGGAGAUGACAUAUCUAUUUCAAGCCUUAAAGAAUUUGAGGGGCUUGAAUCAGCUUGUUUGGAAGCAUUGAAAGCUGAAAUAUUAGCUAAACAAAAGGAGGCACUUCUUAAAGCAGACCCGAAAGAUGCUAGCAGUUUUUUUUUGGAGCAAGAAAAGCGAUCGUACAGUGGUAGUUCAGAAAGCAGUCCACCUCAAAAAGGAGGAAGUCCUUCUCAAAAAAGCGGCAGUCCAUCGCAAAAGAGCGGCAGUCCUUCACAAAAAGUAGGAAGUUACGGUAGCCCAUCGCAAAAGCUUCUGAAUGAAUCUGCAGCAAUCAGGAAACUUAUUGAUCAACAAGUGGCUUUAGAACAAAAAUUACAAGAGUCAAUUACUCCUAAAGUGGUAACUGUAAAGAAAUAUGACGAUCGGGGUGCUUUCUUUGUACCUGAACCGGAACCAGAAACAUUACAAGCACAAGGCGAAGAAAUUAAAGAAGAAUGUGUAAAGGCCUCUUCAUUCGUGUGUGCCGCUGCUCCCAGCGACGGUUCUGCUGAAUCAAUUCCUGGUGAUUGCGAGGAAAUGAUGAAACUCUUGGAUCAAGAAGAGAAGAAGAGUGAUCAAGCCGUCACUAGGACUUUUACAGACGGCGGCGUCAUAGAAGUCGUCCGAACAACUACAGUGAUCCAACAGAAAUUCGUAGACGGGAAAAUAGUAUCGGAAACUGUAACAAGUUCAGAUCCGGAAGGAGCUAUGGAUAUUCCGGUCAGGCCUAGAGAACUGGAAGACAGCGCGAUGUCUUUCGGCUCUGAAAUAUCUUCCUCAAUAACAUCGCAGCCAUCUGACAUGGAUAGCUUAAUGACAGUUAUGGAGCGCCGAGUUUCUGGCGAGGUUGUGACGGUCACGAAGCAAACAAUCACAAUGUCUGAUAAACCCGAAGACCUAGAGUUUUCGAGGGAGAGUAGCGCAGUUCGUGAGCUGUCGCCCUCCUCUGGGACGUCGGUGGCCCAUAGCGUUAUUUCUUUUGGUAAACCAUUUACAGAUCCAGCUAGUGGCUCCUGGAGCGGUCAAGAUGAAGAACUGAGCUCAUCGGGAAGCUUUAGCAGGGGUGCACGCGCGGAUUUAAUGCUAGGCAGCACUGACAGCCUGGAAGCUACCAGCUCCAAUGCCACAAGAGCAACCUAUAACUACGAGGUCGACACCCCUAUGACCGGCAGUCUCACCUCAGGAGCGAUCCGACCUCCAGGGUCGAACACCAUGGUGUCCUCCCUGGACACGCUGGACCCGGUGACGGCGGUGAACAUGGAGAGCUUGGAGCACCCCAGCACUAGUGAACACUUCUCGCAGGAUUAUGAGGUGCAGGAGCCGGACUCGGAUACGGAGAGGCUGGAGCUCGACGGCCGAGUGCCCCGCGCGAAAGAGCGCACCAUCAUGUUUGAUAGCACCGACACGCUCAGCGCCGUGAGCGGUGACGGGUCCGUUCGUGAAGCUGUCGUUGAGACCCCUGCACCCACGUUCUACAUCGGAGAUACACCCAUAGUUAGAGGAGACAAGAAAGACGACGAGGACGAGGAGCAGCCAGUGCUUUCUGGCAGUUGCCCGGCGUCUCUGCCGCCGGCGACGCAACCCUCACCGCCCAUCCCAGCCCAGAGAAGCUGCUAUUGCUUAAGUCACCCCACAGAAAAGCUCGACAAAUAGAUCUUUGACAAUGCUAGCAAAAUCGCCUCCAUCAAGCUUUGAAGACUCGAAAAAAUAAAUCGAUUUAUCGUUUGUUUCUUCGACAACUGUAUUUGCUUUGAAAUUUAUCCAAUUAUAUAAAUUCAAUUGUGAUAGUCACAGCGUUCUUUUCAUCUAUUUAACAGCUAAUUUUGUGGCUUCAUCACGACACGUUCCUUUAUAAUUCAGUGAUUCUAGUAAAGGAUCUUCAUCGCAUUGAUUAGAAAACAGCCAUGUAGUUGAAUAGUCCAAUAUAUCAAUAAACAGUUAACCGUUGUAGGCAAAUAUCAAUGUUACUAUUAAGGCAUCUAUUGUGAUAGUUUGUAUCGAAACUCAUGUAAUCAUAUAGUCCAAUAGCGAAGAUGAUAACGCACAUUAGGGAAUCUCAUCAGUCAUCUUACUCUGUGGUUAACGUGAGAGAUCAUUGGUCUGCAGCACCAACCUUCGGCAAUAUUUAAUCAAAUCAAAGUAGUAUUGUUAAAGCUUUGCCAAGGGUUGGCAUUGCACACUGACAAUAAUGGAUAGUAUUUUGGUACUCACUUUUGUACUGAACUGUCGGAUUUUGACGACAUGGUCCAUGUUACUUCGACCUAUGAACUAAUAGAUAGCGCUUAGCUUUAUCUAGAUUUCAAAUUAAACAUUGCUUAAUGAUAUGUCGUUAACUCUUUAGUAGGCUUAUUAACCAUUUUGUAAGUAAAGUCUUUAGCAUUGUUUAGAUAUGGGAAAUUUAAGAAAUAUCAUGAAAAUGGCCAGACGAGAAAGGAUUUCGCCUGCGAUACUUAGCUUCUGCUGAAAAACUGAUCUCUACAAAUUCAUGCACAAUUUCGUACAUAAGUAGAUAGGUAGAGAUACAAUAUAGGCUAAGGAUGAUAAACAUUUUCUACGGCCAAUAUCUCCUUUUUGCAAUCUAAUAAGGGUUUUUAAGAAUUAAGAAUCUGGUAGCUGAUUUUAGGAAAUAGUCGAAAGUUCUGAAAUAGUCAAGACGGCUGUAGAAUAUAAUCAUGAGAUAAGAUUUGUUAUGAUGGAGGCUUGCUCACUUUUAAGUCUUCGUUGCCUUGAUUGUGUGAAAAUUGAUAAUAAAGCGGAUGUCCUUGUACUUCCUUCGCUAAUAGCGAUUCGUGGCCAGAUAGUAGUAAACAUGAAUUUUGCUUCGCUUUGUAAAGCGAGAUUUUAAAGGAGUUUUUGAUCAUUAUUGAAGAAUGAUAGCCUGAUGAUGGUUACAUUGAAGCUUUGCCGAUGCAAGCUGAUUCUGAGCAAUUGUUUUCCAUAUCAGCAGUAACCGGGCUAUCAUUAGGAUCAGUGCUUGUAAUAUUUUAUAUAAAUAUAGUUUUGUCUAAGUGUGCUUAAGGAUCGGUGUUAGGGUACGGCUAGUCUAAUGCUAUUGCUGUUUAAGUUUCAAAAUUAAAUCAGUUGCUUUGUUCAAUUUGUUCAAGUUGUAUUUGUAACGAUGCUGAAUAUUCUAUCGAUAACUUAAAUUAUUAUUGAAUAUUAAAUAAAAUGCUGUCUCAUAUUUAAA